CAGCGGCCAGCGCCAGCGAGGUCGAGGCAUCGGCGCAUCGCAUCGCCCACUUUGCUUUGCUCGCUCGUCUCUUCGCUUUCCGCCGUGGUGCAUGGCCAGUGAAUUCCAAUUCGUUCUCCCUCUCCGGCUCUCCCCACCAAAAACGUGAGGCCCGCCGGAACGAGCAAGCAUAUUCACGGAGGCGUGGAUCCAGAGGCUCCCCCGCAGCGCUUGUCCAGAAGCAGCCGACGCGGCGUCUGUCCGCGGGCCGACGGUCGGUCGGGCGGCCUGUCGUGUAUAAAUGGCGGACGAGGAGGGGGGCAGCGGCGUUGCGGGAGGGAGAGGAGGAGAAGCGCUGGCGGCAUCUGCUCCCAACGGGGACCGCUCAGGGAAUAGCCCCCUCGCCGUGCCGUCGUUCUCUGCAGGACAGACAACCAGGGUGAGCGAAGGCAGCGUGGGGGGCUCAACUUCUAAGGAGCGAAGUCUGCCCCCACGCUUACACGGUAGAGAUGUUGGCGCCUGAGGUCGGAGGCUUAGACCCAACAAGGGGGUUGCCCGGUCCCUACGGGUCGUGCCGGUCGACGAAGACCCUCGGUGAAGACACCUGCAGGCGGGACAGGGCCAGCGAGCGAAGGCCCCACUUCGAUUCCUGACAAGGGGUCAUGCGUCUUCGAUAUUUCUGCCGCAGGAACGCGGUUGCAAAGACAAAGUCCUCGACCCAACCGAGAGGAGGGCCCACUCUCAACUAGGCAGUGGCGGCCCCACCUGUCGGCCCCUACUGAGGGUACAAAGCUGGGUGUGAUUAGAAUAACGGGUCACCGUUCUGUAAUUACCCCGUUGUACAACAUAUUCCAGAAAUGUAGCAGGUAUCUAGGGGCACGAACAUAUUUAUGACGUCGGCCCCUGGACGCCCUAUAAAUACCCUGUCCUGUAGCUGGAUAUGACACACUUGACAAGACAUUUGAGCUUCCAGCCAUCCGUUUUGUCGUGCCAUCUGUCACCUUUGUUCACGAGUGCUUGGGCCCGCUAUUCUCAGUCACAACAGUGUUGAAGUGUAUAAAUGGAUUGCCUACUUUCUCCCAACAAGUUAAGCUUUUGGUUGAAUUGGUUAAUGCAUCCACUCCAACAGAUACCAUGUUGGAAACCCUAACCCGCAUUAGGGUUGAACAACAGCGAACACCUACAAAUAGUCUAAUAACAUUGAACAUCAGCCUUGCACUCAGCCUUUGUGAAUCUAGUGUAAAUAUAGUUUAAUUAAUGUCAACAAUAAAGGAUCGCUUGCUGCAGAAAACUUUAAAUGACAGGCAAACUUAUUUUAAGGUUGGCAUCUAACUAACUGGUGCUAUUGUACUGAUUGUAGUUUUUGUUGGUACAGUUCAGUCUAGAUUUCCUUUUUUUUGUUAGUGAUAAAAGUUGCUAUCCAUUUUUUGACAUGACACCAUCUUUUCGUUUCUAAGUAGAUGACAGAGGCUUCCAUAGAUCAAGCACCAUGCCGUUGCCGGUGGUGAUUAAGAAUGAUGAAAUUGCCAAUGAAACUGCUGGACCAUCAAGUUCGGAAAGGUCCAGAACUGAGCGUCGUCGGCAAAAUAAUCCAGCUGAUGAUCCUGCUAAACAGUUACUUGAUGAAAGGAUUCCAAUAAAAAAGAAGCUCAAAAUGCUAGAUCGGAUUGCUACAGUAAAAGAUGAUGGAACCGUGGUUGUUGAUGUGCCAAGUCUGGAACCAACUAUAGUUGGUGGAAGUGGAACUGAGGAUAUUUAUACUGAAGUUGCUGUUGAAGACACAUUAGAUGGAACAGAGAUACCAUACAGGCCCCCUAUGCAAAUAGUUAUACUUAUUGUGGGUACACGAGGAGAUGUGCAGCCAUUUGUUGCUAUAGGGAAACGCUUACAGGACUAUGGGCACCGUGUGAGAUUGGCUACUCAUGCCAACUUUAAGGAGUUUGUACUAACAGCUGGCCUAGAGUUUUUCCCGCUUGGUGGAGAUCCCAAAAUUCUUGCUGAAUUCAUGGUGAAGAAUAAAGGAUUCCUACCUUCGGGACCAUCAGAAAUUCCUAUUCAAAGAAAACAGAUGAAAGAAAUUAUUUUUUCUUUGCUGCCUGCAUGCAAGGAACCUGAUCCUGACACCGGCAUUCCUUUUAAAGUUGAUGCAAUUAUUGCGAACCCUCCUGCGUAUGGACAUACACAUGUGGCAGAAGCGCUAAAAGUACCAAUUCAUAUACUGUUUACCAUGCCAUGGACGCCAACUAGUAAAUUUCCUCAUCCCUUUUCUCGUGUGAAGCAGCCUGCUGGAUAUAGACUUUCAUAUCAAAUUGUGGACUCGAUGAUUUGGCUUGGAAUAAGGGAUAUGAUAAAUGAGUUCAGAAAGAAAAAGUUGAAGCUGCGUCCAGUAACAUAUCUAAGUGGUUCUCAGGGUUCUGGCAAUGACAUCCCUCAUGGAUACAUUUGGAGUCCUCAUCUAGUCCCGAAACCAAAAGAUUGGGGUCCAAAGAUCGAUGUUGUUGGAUUUUGCUUCCUUGAUCUUGCUUCCAAUUACGUGCCUCCUGAACCACUUGUGAAAUGGCUUCAAGCUGGUGACAAGCCCAUAUAUGUUGGUUUUGGUAGCCUUCCAGUUCAAGACCCACAAAAGAUGACUGAAAUUAUUGUCAAAGCGCUGGAAAUUACUGGACAGAGAGGUAUCAUUAACAAAGGCUGGGGUGGCCUUGGAACCUUGGCAGAACCAAAAGAUUUUGUAUAUCUACUAGACAACUGCCCUCAUGACUGGCUUUUUCUGCAAUGCAAAGCAGUGGUGCAUCAUGGUGGCGCUGGAACAACAGCCGCAGGUCUCAAAGCAGCGUGUCCUACGACUAUUGUACCUUUCUUUGGUGACCAACCUUUCUGGGGCGACCGGGUGCAUGCAAGAGGGCUAGGGCCUCCGCCUAUUCCAGUUGAUCAGUUUGGUUUGCAGAAGUUGGUGGAUGCUAUAAAGUUCAUGACGAAACCAGUGGUGAAAGACAAGGCUGUAGAGGUGGCGAAAGCCAUGGAAUCUGAAGACGGGGUGACAGGUGCCGUCAGGGCAUUCCUCAGACACCUGCCUUCGAAAACCGAGGAACCGAGCCCACCGCAACCGUCAGGCUUUCUUGAAUUCUUCUUAGGCCCACUAAGUAAAUGUUUGGGAUGCUCUUAGUGCAGAACGCAAUCUGUCACGGAUUGGCGCCUUGGCGGCAUACCACAAGAGUUUGCCGUGAUAUCCCAUGCAAAGAAGCUCUGGCUCUUCUUUUCUUUGUUUCCUUUUCCUUUCCUGCGGGUAUUUGUAGUGUGCAAAGAGUGGUUGCUUGUGGUGUGCAUGGUCUGCAGCGGAUGGCCUGCGCCCUGUGGUGCGUGUCAUUUUGAUGUUUGCCGUGGAGCAGGCGACGAUUUCACGUCCAACCCGUACGUUCUGUAUAUUUAUGAAAGAAAGAAACAGAGGCUAGGUUUUCCUUGUUCUAAUA